AUGCAAAGUGACGAAGUAGUUUGGCAGAUCAUUAACCAUGGACAAUGUAGCUAUAGGGCUACAUCAGAGACGUCCAAUUUUUGUCGGAAUGAAUUUAGCUUGACUGGAAUGUGCAACCGAAGUUCUUGUCCACUUUCAAACAGUCAGUACGCGACGAUUCGAGAAGAGUGUGGCAUCCUCAACCUAUACACAAAGACUGUAGAGCGUUCACAUAUGCCUUCAAAGUUGUGGGAGAAGACGGAACUCAGUCCCAAAUAUGCGGAAGCUCUGGAACAGAUAAACUCUUCUCUGAGACAUUGGCCAAAGUUUCUAGUUCACAAGAGCAAGCAACGUCUGACAAAGUUGACUCAGCUACUCAUACGUUCAAGGAAAUUAGAAAAAGUUGGGAGGGAAAAAAUCCAAACAAUGCCAGCACGACAUACACAGCGCGAUGCGAGAGCGGAAAGUAAGGCUCAAGUGGCGGCGCGUUUGGACUCGAGUAUUGAAAAUGAGUUGCUGGAACGAUUGAACGCUGGCGUCUACGAAUCUAGCUACCAAUUUUCUACGGCUAGAUACUCACAUGCUUUAGAGGGAACAAGGAAAAUGGGAAGUCCAGAAACCAAAACUCCGCGGAAAAUCCGCCAGCGCCGUCUACAACGGGAGAUUGAAUAUGAACAGAUCAGAACCUCAGUAGAACAGUGA